UUUGCACCCAUAAUCUAACCCGACCCUUUAAAUUCAACUCUAUUACAGUAUUCCAAAGAGAAAACCCCACAACUCUCUCUUCACUUGAUCAAUAGCUCAAAAAUCUCCUCCAUUAAUCUUCGUUUUCGAGUCUUCUCUAAUCAGCCAUGGGCUCUGAUGCAGAUAUGGAGGACUAUGGAUUCGAGUAUUCAGAGGAGGAACCUGAAGAGCAGGAUGUUGAUAUUGAGAACCAAUACUACAACUCCAAAGGCUUGGCUGAAACAGACCCAGAGGCAGCACUUGAGGGUUUUGCUGAAGUAGUUCGUAUGGAACCUGAGAAGGCUGAUUGGGGAUUUAAAGCCUUAAAGCAAACUGUUAAGCUUUACUAUAAGCUAGGGAAGUACAAGGAAAUGAUGGACGCUUACAGAGAAAUGCUAACCUACAUCAAGUCAGCUGUGACAAGAAAUUAUAGUGAAAAGUGUAUAAACAAUAUCAUGGAUUUCGUCUCAGGAUCAGCUAGUCAGAACUUUGAUCUCCUACAAGAGUUCUACCAAACAACAUUGAAAGCCCUUGAAGAGGCAAAAAACGAGAGGUUGUGGUUCAAGACAAAUCUAAAACUUUGCAAAAUAUGGUUUGACAUUGGGGAGUAUGGACGAAUGAAUAAGAUUUUGAAAGAACUCCACAAAUCUUGUCAAAAAGAAGAUGGUACUGAUGACCAGAAGAAAGGUACACAAUUGUUGGAGGUAUAUGCAAUAGAGAUCCAAAUGUACACGGAGACGAAAAAUAACAAAAAACUGAAGGAGCUUAAUGUGCCAGAAAAAGACGUCGAGGAGUUGUUGGUCUCACUCAUCUUGGACAACCGUAUCAAUGGGCACAUUGAUCAAGUGAACCGGUUGCUAGAAUGUGGAGAUAGAUCCAAAGGAAUGAAGAAAUACGCUGCCAUCGACAAAUGGAACACACAACUUAGAUCUUUGUACCGAACUGUUGGCAACAGAGUAUGUUGAUAUUACCUGGGCAUGAAAAAAUCUGAGUGUGAUUAUAUUAUGGACUCAUUUUUAGCUCCUCUGUUCAACAUGUAGAUUUUUGUACAAAAUUCGAUAUUUCUCCUCCCUGUUUAAGUAGCAAUAGCUUCUAUGUGGCUUGUGUUACUCUUUGUUUUCAUACAUACUGUGACAGAAACAACACUGA